GCACAACUUCACAGACAGAGAAAACCUACAAAUUUCGUCACGGAAGCAACAAUUUGGCUAUAAAAUCGUAAGUUUCUGCUAAAUUCUUCAUGGGUUUUCAAGCAAUCCUUGUUAUCCACCAGAUUUCUCAUCAUAGCUAGGUGAAUUGAUUUAAACCCAAAAGCGCACGAACCAGUUUCUUUGCGAUUCUGACUCAAAUCAGUUCAAGAAUCGUUCUUUUCUCUAUCGCUGGACUUGUCUAGACUGUAUCAUAGGGAACCAGAGCCAUUUGUGACAAAUUGUGUAAUCUAAAUGGUUAGUUAUAGGGAUAGGCUUAGUCAGUUACCAGAUGAUUUCCUCUUACAGAUAUUAUCAUGGCUUCCAACGAAAGAUGUUAUGGUGACGAGUCUUUUGUCAAAACGAUGGCGGUUUCUUUGGACAUUAGUCCCUAGGCUCAAUUAUGAUCUAAGGCUUCAUGAUAAUACAUAUCCAAGGUUUUCACAGUUUGUUGAUAGGUCUUUGUUACUACACAAGGCUCCGACUUUGGAGAGUUUGAAUAUCAGUAUUGGUUCGCUAUGUUAUACCGCAGAGAAAGAUGUUGGGGUAUGGGUUAGAAUUGGGGUAGACCGCUUUGUGCGUGAGCUGAAUAUCAGUUAUUGUUCUGGUGAAGAGCCUAUUAGAUUGCCUAAGUGCUUGUUUACUUGUACAACGCUUGCGGUUCUGAAACUCGAAAACAUAAGUCUUGUUGAUGCUUCUUGUUAUGUUUGCUUCCAAUCCGUCAAGACAUUGCACCUUCUAGAUGUGAAGUACUUAGAUGACCAGUCACUUCCUCGGAUUAUAUCCAGCUGUUCUAGUCUUGAAGAUUUGGUUGUGCAAAGAUGCCCUGGUGACAACGUUAAAGUCGUUUCUAUUACUGCUCCAUGUUUAAAGACUCUAUCUUUGCAUAAAUCGUCACAAGCUUUUGAGGGAGAUGAUGAUGGGUUCUUGAUAGAUGCCCCUAGAUUGAAGCGCGUAGACAUUGAAGACUAUUGGGGUGGCUUUUGUUAUAUUGAGAAUAUGCCUGAGGUGGUAGAGGCAAAUGUCGAUGUUAUUUACAAAAAUACUGAGAAACUUCUGGGAUCUCUUACCUCUGUCAAGCGCCUUGCGCUAUGUCUGAUCACUUCAGAUGCUGCUUAUCCCACUGGUACCGUUUUCUCUCAGCUUGUCCAUCUGGAACUAUGCACAUGUGCGCCACGAUGGUGGGAUUUACUUACCAGACUGUUUGAAGAUUCACCUAAACUAAGAGUUCUUAAACUCCGCCAGAAACAUAUUCGACGUGCCCCUAGUCCCCGGGCUUGUUGGAAGCAACCUGUUUCUCUUCCCAAGUGUUUGUUAUUUCACCUUGAGACGUUCAAGUGGGAACUAUACGAAGGAUCACAAAAGCAGAAAGAAGUAGCGACAUUUAUCUUAAAACACGCUAUUCGAUUGAAGACAGCUAUUAUCUCUCCAAAGCCCACCAGUACUCUGCUAGAGAAACAUGAGAUGCUCAAGGAGUUGUCAUCCUCGCCGCGUGGUUCCAGUACAUGCGAGCUCUUGUUCGACUGAAAAAAAGGAAGAAGAAAUGAACUUAACUUGUCCUGAAAUAUCUGUUUAGUAAACAUCUUGUGGAUUGUUGUCUCUAUUGAUCUAAAAGUUAGAACCUCAUCUGCAUUUGGUUUAUCCUCAUGUGUUUCUUAUAUUAAUAUAGAACAAGAGCACAUUAAAUGACAA